UGCAAGUGUUUAUUCCUCUCCAUUCUGUGUCAGCCAAAUCCAAUACACAAAUGAAUUGUUCGAAAAAUUUAAAGGGUCUAAACAUUCACGUAUACUUGAGCACAUGAAUAUGCUUUUAGAACAUAACAGGGAUUCAAAAUUGAUCUUCCAGAUAUGUAUUUUCCGACAAUGAUAUGAAAGUUUAGGUUACUGCAAGGAACGGUGGAUUUUAUUUUUCCUCUACCUACGUCAACUUUUGAUUAGACACGUACAUUGGUUGAUUUUUACUAAUCUCUGUGAUGAAAUGUUCAAAUGACUGCAUACAAGUUCUUAAAUAUUUAGAAAUUUUAUCACCGGAUUCUUGACGUAAAUGGAUUGAGUUUGUGUGAAUCUUUCAUUAAUAUUGGAUUUGUUAAUGUUAUCAUCUUCAGUCGUUUGGAAAAAUGGAAGCUUACGAAAGAAAAAAAUAUUAGCGGCGUUCAAUUUGUAACGCCCUUGAGCUACUAUCUAUAUUUAACAAUUCCACGAAAGGACAUCGAUGAAUCUUCCUCCACAACUGGAUACCAGCUGACGACCACUUUUACCAGAAGUCAGGGACUUUCUUGCACGGUUAACCCGGAUUAAGGUGCACAGAUUUGAUCCCCAGUGUUUACUUAUGGAUCUAAGUCGACAACCUUUUCCCAAUGACAACAAAGCCGAAUGAAUAGCUAGAGACAUACGAAAAAAAUACCCAGUCUUGCUGUCCACACAUCUAUAAAUUUAUCAUUUCAUCCAUCGAUUUCCCGUAGGUAAAGGUUUGUGAUGACUGACGUACUACCACAACUCGCUAACCAGCCCAAGUUCUUCACUAACCAGCCUAAAUCCCUCUCCUUUGAUGAGAAGAAGCUAACUACAUACCCAAAGUCAUUCCUUACUGAGGCCGAGGUACCUUCCACUGGUUCACAGCCAACCUUUACUACUUUCUUGCCCAAUGUACAGUCCGAAGGAUACACACUGACCUCCUAUGCUUCCUAUAUCGACGAUCCUCGAAAACUCGUGAUACAUUAUGUAUCAACUCCAGCUUCUAUUCGAGUUUCACUUAAUGCCAAUACGAAUCUCAACAAUGCAACAUCAGUGGCCCCUUCAAAGAUAAACAGGCCACGUACAGCCGCUGCAGUAUUAUCUGCCAAAUCAGAGUCUAGCUGUGAUCGUGUGUCCCAGGUAGAACAUGAACCCACAAGACGCCACAACCUAGAAAACCACAUGCCUGCCAAACGCAACAAACCACCGCCAUGGCAAAAGAAUCUAGACACUCCCCUGGUACCGUUUGUCACGGGGCCUGGCUAUAUCUUGUCCAGGAGCAAAUCAAAGUUCGCUGUCACCAUCAAGUCUAAAGUGGAGAAAGAGGCACCGAAGGUGCCUGGAAAGGAAAAUACUAAAUUCCUUGAGCAAAUUAUGGAGAGGGAUACAAUCAUCGAGCAAUUACAGCAGCAAAUCUCCGACCUUUCUUUGUACUUAGAGGAGGAACGAGUAAACCAUCGACAGACUAAACAGAAGGCAGAGGAAUUUCUAAAAGACAAAGUUGAUGAACUGAACAAUCAACAUAGGGAUGCCAUUAGAGAUUUACAAGAUGAUCAUAGAGAUGAUAUGGAGAAACUCCGUCUCAGUAUCGAAGCAGAUCACCAGGCUUACAAAACAGCAGCAGAGGGACAAAUCUUAAAAAUGAAGAAAGAAAUAGAAUUUCUACAAGGCGCAUUUGAGUCAUAUAAAAGUUCACUUCAUCAAGAUAUGGACGAUAAGUGGAACAACCGAGAAAAUGAUCUGAAACUUCAACUUCAGGAGGAAAAACAGGCUGCUGUCCACGAAAUGAAAAUGAAAGUGAUACAGGAGAGGAAUGUAGAGAGGAUUGCAAUGCAGAAAGAUCAUCAGAAAACCAUUGAAAGUCUACGCAAGGAACACAAAAAAGAACUGGAUGCUUUAGUAAGGAAAUUUUCAAAUGCAGCUGCUGAUUUGGAAAGGUUAAAGAAAACAACAGCGGAAUUAAAGGAAACAAAGCGUGAUCUAGAGACCAUAACCACUGCUUAUAACGAAACCUGUCAACAGCUGGCCAAUACUUCCAGAGAACUUGCUGACACGAAAGUAAAACUGAUGUCAUUUGAAGAGCAAUUUGAUGAGAAAGUUCAGCAAGUCGAUUCCAAGUAUCAACAAAAGAUCAAUGACCUCAUAACACAAAAUAUUGAAUUAAGACGACUUUAUGUGAAGAAAUGCGGACAGCUGUAUGAUGAAAAAAUGAAUGUAGAAUUGGACAGAGUUAAAAGGGUUCAAUCCGCUAGAGAGGUCAUGCAGUCCAUGCUACAUUCUAAACAAAGAUCCGAUGUGAGUUUUGCACCCGGGGACCCUGAAUAUGAAGAAGUGACCCAUAAACCAAAGACUAGACCCGGUAGUGCUCCUCUGACAAAACGUGAAAUGGAAACAGCUCAUUCAUCUGUUGGAAAUACUGAACACUUGUUAGAAAAGGAAGACAUCCCAGAAUUCCCUGACACAUUACUACCGGAAGUUAGUAAGGAGAUUGAGGAACUCAAGAAACAAAUUAUGUCUGACAUUAAAGUACCUACAAGGGAGGAGAUGCUUCAAGCGCUAGAUAGUGCUAGAUAAGGAGAAACAAACUACGUAAUAGAAAGAGAACAUUCAGACAGAGUGUGUGUUAAAUUUAUUCCUGAUACAUGAAAAUAGAAUAUUAAACAAAAACCAACCAUGUUUUGUGUAUGAAUAGAAAUAGGUACUAGAAUUUAAGAAAAAUUUCUAUAUUAUCUAAUAUUAUUUUUAUGAAUAUAUUUAUUUUAUUUACAAGAAAUGAUCGACACAGCCAUUGCCUUUAAAGAACUAUAUGCGGUAUAUUGCAUAUAUUUGCCCCCACAAAAGUCAAAUUUUGAAAACAUCCUGAAAUGUGCUGAAUUCGAUAAAUUGUAUGAGAAAUAUAAAUUAACGGAAAAUAUUAUAGUUUCAAAGCAGUAUAUUCACAAUUUUUGAUUUUAUGAUGUCACAAACUAGUCCGAUUUUAUAUCCUUUUUCAGAAAGAGGACAAAAUGGACAAAAUUUCAACAAUUUUAGCUUUAAAAUAUAUAGAGCGCAAGUUUGUUCAGGAACAAUAUUGACAUAUUUCAUUGAUAUUAUCAUUCUACACAUUAUAUCAAAAUAUUGAUCCUGAACACGCAUGCGCUCGGUGACUUUUACUCAAAAUAUCGACGAAAUAUAUACAUUUUUCUGUAAAAUUCAUAAAAAACUGAAAUUUACGUCAUGUUUGUGACGUCAUUACGUACAUAUGGCGUCAUUACUUAUGAAAAUAUUCAGUGCUUUGAAGUCAGCAUAUUCUCCCCUGUUUAAGAACUUAAUUAAAUAUAUCUCCAUCAAAGUUUGAUUUGGGGGGCA